AUGGAUACUUUCCGCUUUCGCCUGAACUGCAUCGACAACUACCAGGCGGCUCCGACAGACAUCGACCCUCUUCUUCGGCGCAAUCCCGGUCCUGCAGGCCGACUGGGCGCACCCCAAGUACCCGUAAUCCGAGCGUUUGGUGCGACCGAGACAGGGCAGAAGGUGUGCGCUCAUAUCCAUGGAGCGCUGCCUUAUCUGUAUCUGGAGUACGAUGGCAGCUUGGAGAAGGAUGUUGUUAAUGCGUACAUCCUGGAGCUCCGUGCCUCCAUCGACCAUGCCCUCGCCACCGCGUACCGCCGAAAUGCAUACGAUGGAAAGUCGAUCUACGUUGGCCACAUAUCUCUCGUCAAGGGUGUGCCCUUCUUUGGAUACAGUGUUGGAUACAAGAUUUUCCUGAAAGUCUAUAUGCUCAACCCUAUGCACAUGACUCGAUUCACCGACCUUCUGCACCAGGGAGCAAUCUUGAACAGGGUGUUCCAGCCAUACGAGGCUCACCUGCAGUACCUCCUCCAAUGGAUGUGCGACUACAAUCUGUACGGGUGCGACUGGAUCAACUGCGCAAAAGUACAGUUCCGGGCACCCGUUCCAGACAGCGAAGUGGUCGAUACCACCGUCCACAAGUGGCACGAUCGAUCUAUCCCGGAUGAACUCAUAGCUGCUGAGGAUCAAUACCCACGUCAAAGUCAUUGCACCCUCGAAGUCGAUAUAUGCGUCCAGGACAUCCUCAAUCGGCACGAACUGCAAUAUCGACCCAUCCACCACGACUUCCUAGAGCGAUCGAGCCAAAUGCCACGUAAUCCAGACGACAAAUCCGUGCCGUCCAUGGCUGGUCUCUGGAGAGACGAGACGCGUCGUCGCAAACGUCGUAUGGGCCUCUCUGAUCCUUCAAGCAGUCCAUUUCCCGCGGAAGUGCUUGUGUCCAUGUCGGCUGAUGUACGGAACACCAAGGCCGGUGGAUGGAUUCACGAAGAGGAAUACCGGGAAAUUAUCGACAAGCUAAUCACCGAGGAAAGACAAGGAAAGGGCAAAGCCAGAUUUGACAGUUUCGUGAAACCCAUCCCUGGCCAGGAGCGUGUCAGGACUGCUGUAGAGAGUAUCGAAGAUCUCUAUCCCGAGGUCUUGUCUACACAGCAGAUCCCAGAUGACGACUUCGAGCAAGAUGCCAACGUGUUAGAACAAGGUGGUGCGCCUGUUGACAUUGACGUUCAGCUUGCGUCUGACGAGCCAGAAUCCAGGCAGCGUCACAGUGACGGUCCCAUUGGUGACGGCGAGGACGACGAUCCAGCGGACGCCGUCAAUCAUUCCGACACCGAAGAACAGCAAUCCCUGGAUCCCCUAACGCAAUCUCUACUCAAGGGCUCUAGUGAUAUGGAAGCUGAAGAUGCACUCAUCGACGAAGGUAUUGAUCUAGUCGACCCCGAUGACGAUGGCCAAAAACCAGAGUCCAGCAGCCCGAUGAGCCAGCGAAAGCGCUCUCUCGAACCGGCAGACGAAGAGUACAACAAGCGUCAACGGAUCUUGGCAGCAACGCAGGGUACCAAUAGACGUGUCUCCUUUCGCAACGCCCUGAACAAGAACGAGGAUCCGCCUCCUCCAGGUCAAUCGUCACAAACGAGUAUCAAAGCUCAAGGCUUAGGAGGGCCGACUACUUUCUCGUUCCCUGUAGUAAAGAACCCGAAUGCACCGGAGACGCUUCAUCGUUUGAGUCAAUCGGGCUAUUCAAACUCUCAAGAAGGGCCUAAGACACCUGGGCCUAAACAUCUUACGGCCAGGCCUUCGCAACUCGUUCCUGUAACCCCGUGGACGCAUCAAAAGACCUCGCCAAUGGUGCCGAACAGCAGUACCCCGCAAGCUCGCUCCAAGGUAGCCUCUCUUGUGCGACGGCUGGAUACAUCAUUCCAGCACAAGCAUUGCACUGUUUACUAUGGCUCGUUACCUCCAUCGGCCGAGGUCGUCAAUGGAACCAUGAUGCAUGCCGGCCUUCCACCGGUAAUCUACCGGGACGCCUACUACAGCGAAGAGAAGGAUGUUCCAGAGCGGCCAAGAGAGUAUGCGGGUCGCGAGUUCAAACUACAAAGCACCACAAUACCAUAUCUUCCUCCAUUCGACCCCACUGGUGAUUCUCUUGCCAACAUUGGAGAGUAUCCCGCAGUUGUGGUGGACAAGAAGAAACAAGACGCCACAUUUCAAGAGCGAUCGCGUAAAUGUGGUUUGCGUCACUGGGAACUUUCAAAGCCUCCACCUAGUUUCAAAGAAGUACAGAGCUGGACCAGCCGGCACGUCAAGCAACGUAAAGUGGCGAAGUCUAAAUCAAAGGGCGAACCGAUGCCUGUGCCAGUGCGCAAAUUCAACCCCGUUUAUCCAUCACAAAUCGAGGGCCCAACGCAGAAGAACCCGCAUGGCUUCAAGUACUCGCAAAAGCAGAAAACGACUAGCGUUAAGCACGAAUCUCAGUAUAUGAGCAUCAUGAGCUUGGAGGUACACGUCAACUCUAGAGGCUCUCUGGUACCAGAUCCAGCUGAGGAUGAGAUUCAGUGCAUCUUCUGGAGCGUGCAAGGCGAAGAGAAUGCCACUACUGACCGGCCGACUACCGGUAUACUGUGUUUCUCCGAAGAAGACGGCAUCGCUAUGCGUAUUGCCAAGCAAGUUCCAAUGGAGGUUGAAUAUGAGGAAGACGAGCUAGAUCUCAUCAAUCGCGUUGUCGAUAUCGUCCGCCAGUUCGACCCAGAUAUACUCACAGGAUAUGAGGUACACAAUGGUUCUUGGGGCUACCUCAUUGAACGCGCGAGGAUGAAGUACGAGUAUAAUCUGUGCGACGAGAUCAGCAGGAUGAAGUCGCAGUCCCAUGGCAGAUUUGGGAAGGAAGCCGACCGCUGGGGCUUUACGCACACCUCUACAAUCCGCAUCACCGGCCGCCACAUGAUCAACAUCUGGAGAGCCAUGCGCGGAGAGCUGAACCUGCUACAAUACACCAUGGAGAAUGUGGUCUUCCACUUACUACACAAACGCAUACCGCAUUACCAACACUCAGAUCUCACGACGUGGUACACAAAUGGCAAGCCAAGAGAUCUUACAAAGGUGGUCGAUCAUUUCCUCACACGCGUACAACUCAAUCUCGACAUCUUGGAAGCCAACGAAAUUGUGCCUCGUACGAGUGAGCAAGCUCGCCUACUUGGAGUAGACUUCUUUGCAGUCAUUUCGCGAGGCUCUCAGUUCAAGGUAGAGUCGACCAUGUUCCGCAUUGCAAAGCCGGAGAAUUUCAUUCUCGUUUCACCAAGUCGGAAGCAGGUUGGUCAGCAGAAUGCGCUCGAGUGUCUACCGCUGGUCAUGGAACCGCAGAGUGCAUUCUAUUCCAGCCCCGUUCUCGUUUUGGACUUCCAAUCGUUAUACCCCAGUGUCAUGAUCGCCUACAACUAUUGUUAUUCGACAUGUCUCGGACGUAUCGUCAGUUGGCGAGGCCAGAAUAAGAUGGGUUUCAUGGACUUCAAGCGCGAGCCGCAAUUGUUGGAAUUGGUAAAAGACCACAUCAACAUUGCACCCAACGGCAUGAUGUAUGUCAAGCCGGAAAUGAGGAAGUCACUGCUAGCGAAGAUGCUUGGUGAGAUUCUGGAGACUCGUGUAAUGGUCAAGAGUGGGAUGAAGCAGGACAAAGACGACAAAACGCUGCAACAGCUAUUGAACAAUAGGCAGCUGGCGUUGAAGCUAUUGGCCAACGUCACGUACGGCUACGCAUCUGCGUCGUUUUCUGGUCGUAUGCCGUGUUCCGAAAUAGCGGACAGCAUCGUCCAGACUGGUCGAGAGACCCUGGAGAAGGCGAUCGCAAUGAUCCAUGCUAAUGAGAAGUGGGGUGCAGAGGUCGUCUACGGAGACACUGAUUCACUAUUCAUCCAUCUCAAAGGACGCACCAAAGACCAAGCCUUCACCAUCGGCCAGGAGAUAACCGAUGCCAUUACCGCCGCCAACCCACGACCCAUCAAGCUCAAGUUCGAAAAAGUAUACCAUCCCUGCGUCUUACUCGCCAAAAAACGCUACGUCGGCUUCAAAUACGAGCACCGCAACCAAACCGAGCCCGACUUCGACGCCAAAGGCAUCGAAACCGUCCGCCGAGACGGCACACCCGCCGAGCAAAAAAUCGAAGAAAAAGCCCUCAAGCUCCUCUUCCGCACCUCGGAUCUCAGCCAAGUCAAACGCUACUUCCAGGCGCAAUGCGCGAAAAUCAUGGAAGGCCGCGUCAGCAUCCAGGACUUCCUCUUCGCCAAAGAAGUCAAACUAGGGACGUAUUCUGAUAGAGGGCCCCCGCCACCCGGUGCUCUCAUCGCUACAAAGCGUAUGCUUGCGGACCCGCGAGCGGAACCUCAGUACGGCGAACGCGUGCCUUAUGUUGUUGUUACGGGUGCGCCUGGCGCCCGCCUCAUCGACCGCUGCGUUAGCCCCGAGACGUUGCUUCAAAACGACCACCUCGAGCUCGACGCUGAAUACUAUAUUAGCAAAAACCUUAUCCCGCCACUCGAGCGUAUCUUCAAUCUCGUUGGUGCGAAUGUAAGGGGUUGGUACGAUGAGAUGCCCAAAAAGCAACGUAUCCGCAAUAUCACGAUUCCCAUGACUGUCAAACAGGAUAAGAGUAACGCCUUCUUCGGUGGUGGUGGUGGCAACAAGAAAACUCUAGAGAGCUACAUGACAUCUUCGAGCUGUGUGGUCUGCCGGGCUAAACUACCUCAAAAUCCACCUUCACGUCUCAAAGGCAGCAAACUCAAUCCCCCCAAAGACUCACCCCACGCCACCCUCCCGCUCUGCGCAAAGUGUCUCAAGCGGCCCGCCCAUUCCCUCCUCGACCUCAAAUACAGGAUCUGGGAUAGCGAAACACGCGUCGCGGAAGUCGAACGGGUUUGUCGAGGCUGUGCGAGGCUGGCGCCGGGGGAGGAGAUUAGGUGUGAUAGUAGGGAUUGUGGGGUUUUUUAUACGAGGGUUAAAGAGAGGUCGAAGUUGACUGCGUUGAGGGGGAGUGUGGGGCCUGUUGUUGAGAGGAUGGAGUUGGAGUGGUGA